GGCGCUCGGGGGCUGCCGGUGCUGGAGGGGGCGGGCUCGGCGCCGCCGGGAAGAGCCGCCGCCGGUGAUCGCACCGCCCGCCAUCGCACCGCCCGCCCGCCCGCACCAUGUCGGACUUCGACAGCAACCCCUUCGCCGAUCCGGACCUCAACAACCCCUUCAAGGAUCCUUCUGUUACACAAGUGACAAGAAAUGUUCCUCCAGGGCUAGACGAAUACAAUCCUUUCUCCGAUUCAAGAACACCUCCUCCAGGAAAUGUAAAAAUGCCUAAUGUACCCAGUACCCAGCCAGCAAUAAUGAAACCAACGGAAGAAUCACCUGCUUAUACACAAAUUGCAAAGGAGCAUGCCUUGGCACAGGCAGAAUUGCUAAAGCGACAAGAAGAACUGGAAAGAAAAGCAGCUGAACUAGAUCGCAGAGAAAGGGAAAUGCAGAAUCUCAAUCAGCAGGGGGGUAGAAAAAAUAACUGGCCACCUCUUCCUGAGAAUUUUCCAGUAGGUCCUUGUUUCUACCAGGACUUUUCUGUAGACAUUCCUGUAGAAUUCCAGAAGACAGUAAAGAUUAUGUACUAUUUGUGGAUGUUCCAUACAGUGACACUCUUUCUUAAUAUCUUUGGAUGUUUGGCCUGGUUUUACGUUGAUGCUACGCGAGGGGUUGAUUUUGGAUUGAGUAUUCUCUGGUUCUUGCUUUUUACCCCUUGUUCUUUUGUCUGCUGGUACAGACCACUUUAUGGAGCUUUCAGGAGUGACAGUUCAUUCAGGUUCUUUGUGUUCUUCUUUGUAUAUAUCUGUCAGUUUGCUGUACAUGUACUUCAAGCUGCAGGAUUUCAAAGAUGGGGAAACUGUGGGUGGAUUUCGUCUCUUACUGGUCUUAAUAAGAGUAUUCCUGUUGGCAUUAUGAUGAUAAUCAUAGCUGCACUUUUCACAGCAUCUGCUGUUAUCUCAUUAGUUAUGUUUAAAAAGGUGCACGGUCUCUACCGCACCACUGGCGCUAGUUUUGAGAAGGCGCAGCAGGAGUUUGCGACGGGAGUGAUGUCCAACAAGACUGUGCAAACUGCUGCAGCCAACGCCGCCUCGACGGCAGCAACCACUGCAGCUCAGAACGCCUUCAAGGGGAACCGAAUGUAGGGAAGCACAGGGAGUCGUCAUGGAUCUCUCUGAUCGUACUUUAUUUUCCAGUCACAAUAUUUCCUAAAAGCCUAGAUCGAAAUUCACACAGCAUGUUUGUCUCUUCUGCAGCUGUGCAUGGGUAAAAUGGAAAUGUUUUGUUUAUUUUAUUAUAAAACUAUUUAUUAAAGAAACGCCACACGUUAUUUGCCCUUCUUUAAGAUACUGCAUUCUAGAAUGUAAAGCCUUCUGUAUUUCAUAGGGGAUAAAUAAUUUCAACAAUUAGCCUGAGAAUGAAUUGUAUAUAAUGAUCAAAUACAUGUGUUAAGAAUUUUAAGGUUUUUUAGUGUUUCACUCCAGUAUUUUUUUUAACUUCAGGACAGCACUUUGGAUAAAUUAUUUUUCUUCAUAAGAACUCUUUUCCCUGUUUCUACUGUAAGAAGUGGGGUAGACUGAGAGAUGUAGUAAGCUAGGUUUGGCUACUGCUUUUGCAAUUUCAGCAGCUGCUGGAAGACAAAAUACAAGUAGGGCAAAUAUUAUAAAUUCUUUUCUUGGUUUUUUGUGGAUUUUUUUAGGAUAAGUCUUUUGAUAUAAACCUGUAAGUUUGCAUGAAUACUGUUGAGUUAUCUGAUCUUGUUUAAAUAGUGUUUUGGUCCAGAACUUAUCUGUGCCACUUUAUAAUCAUAUUGUUUGUUUGUAUCUGUUUUCAUGGAAUAUUCUCUACCUGUGAGAGAUGACUAGGGUGCACAAACAUUCUCUGUAACAGAAUGUGUUAACGCACUGCUUUAGGAAGUUAACUGAUGGUUUCAGUCCCAGAUCUAAAUGAUUCUAUAUUUGCUAUUUUUUAUUUCAGUAUUCAUCUUUUGGGAUAGUAAUUUUGCUGGAAAAGAAACUAAUACUGACUUUUUAGAAUGUUAGGUUCUUGCCCCUGUAUGUUCUUCUUCAUGCAGUGGUAUUUUUGUUGUACUUGGGAUUUUUUUGUUUGGCUGGUUUUGUUUGUUGUUUUGUUUUGGUUUUGUUGUUGUUUUUUUUCAAUCAUAGAUUUGUGUUUAACAGUGGUACUAAAUCUCUGGCCUAGUCAAUCACCCUGUUUACUGCUUGUCCAAACCCCAAAUAUAUCGUAUUUAAUUUUCUAACAGGAAUAUUGUCUAAAACCAAGCUUCUAAAGCAAUGACAUUUAACAGAUACUUGAAUUCAUUUUAACAUUAACUUAGCUAUCUCUGUGAUGUGAUUAAAGAUGGGUGUAAAAAAAAAAAAAAAGCUUUUAAAUGGUUUUUAAUUGGAAAAGUGAGAAAUCUUCAUCUUUAACAAAGUUAUAUUUUAAGUCACUGAGCUGGAGGCCUAAGAGGUUAAAUUGGUGUUGUGGAAGUGAACAAUUCAUAAUGGUAUAUACCAUCAUAAUGUUCUAGAACAUAAUCAGGUCUUAGUGUAACAUCAGGUUUCUCUCCUUUGAAGACUGUUUAUAUUCUUGCAUUGCCUCAUGAGUCUUAUGCACAAUACUUGGGCUGUUUUUUCCAACUCCGUUACAGAAAAUGCAACAGGAAGGACCAUGUCCCACAGCCUGUCUCAGUGUACACUGUGAAUGAAAUUAAUACAGCUUUUCAGGUCAAUCGCCUUCUGUAGGACAGCAUACAAUUCUGAGGCCACUCCAUGCCCCGAACGUGCACAGACUUUCAUAGAUACUUUUUCACUACACUGACUGUAUUAAUAAUAACAGAAGAGCAUUACAAAAAUUAAAACUCUGAGCUUAAUCCUUGGGUAAGUAUUGUACGGUUAGCAUAAAGUCCCUACUAGUCUCCUUUCUUAUACUAUUUUUUUAAAAUCCAGCUUGAAUUUGGAUAGAUGUUAUAGUUUCACCUAUGCUGAAGUACAUAUUAAUGAACAUACUUGCUUCUAAAUGUUCUCUGUAUCAUGAAAUUGAAAGCAAUUUAAAUAUUCUGUGUAAUAGGGGCUCUAACAUUUCUAACAUUGGACAUGCUAGCAUUGAACUUAAAUUUGUAUGGAAUGUUAUUAAAAGCUUUCCAGACAAAAGCCACCUUAUUCUUUUGAGAUCAGGCAUCAUCCUUCAAGCAGCUGUUCCUCAGAUUGUUUUUUUCAUAAGAUUUUAGACUUGAGGGUUAUAUCUAGGAUCUCUACUAUGAAUUGCUUUUAAAUCUAAAUUUAAGCAAUUUUUUUGGUAUCUCUUAGAUAGGAAUACCUGGGAGAUCAUCCUUGCAAUUUAACUCAAGUUGCAGACUGCAUAAUAAUGUGCUUUACUUGAAUGUAUUAUGGAAAAAAAUAAGGAAUAAAACCUGAAUUUGGCAGGUAGAUUAUUUUUCCCAAAUAUUUAAAGGCUUUUUGAGAAUACAUACGUGAUGUUCUAGGUAUAGGGAAUGCUGAUUUGUCAUGGGUUAAAUGUACAGAUUGAAACCUCCUAUGUGAAAUUCAAGGUUCAGUUACACAUGAAUUGUUUAAACCAGGUAUCUGACACUCUGCAACCCAAAAGGGAGAAAGAAGUUUGACAAUGGAAGGCUGACAUUUGUUAAAAAUAUUUUGUACCCAACAAAACAUAGAUUUUACAAUUUAUUAGAUUAUGGCGCCCACUUAAGCUGUCUUUUUGUAGUAUUGUGGAAAAAUGAGUACAACGUAUGAAGUUUAAACACUGGAAUAUCAGUAGUCAGUGGUCUGUAAUUUAGGAGUUGGUUUACUUACCUGGGGGAUAUUUAUAUAUUUUGUAAAAUACUAACAAUGCUCUGCCAUCCUGGUGAAUGUCAUGGUUCUGUACAAAUGCACUUCUGUCACUCUGUUGCAUGUCUGAGUAGUUCAGAAGUUUUGUAUGUUUAUUGUAUUAACACAGUGUCAUAGAAUAAAAAUAAAAUAAAAUACUUUUUUCCUGGCUAUUUGCUCUGUAUAGUUUUCACCAGUGUAAGGAUUCUUCUUGUAAUGGUCAGGCUAGUGUGCAGGGUGGCUGACCUGUGUAAAAGUCUCACUUGGUUUUUAUAAUUCUGUAUAUAAAUGCUGUAAUUUUGCUGAAAUGGGCAAGCAAAAUGUCCACUAUCAAAAAUAAUACAUUAGGCUACUGAGAAUUAGUCUACUUGACGUUACAAAGAAAAUUCUUCAACAAUUGCAGCCCACUUUCUUGUGGUGUAAACUUCUGAGGGUUAAAAUCUAAACCUGCUCUGUCAUUACUGAAUGGAAUUCUACAGGUAUUAAAGUGAAUCCUAGAACACUAUUGAAAGUAAAAUUAAGUUGCUGAAAAAAGCAUUGCUUUGGUAGUGUUUAUUUUCCUGAUUCUGCUUGUGAAUUGACAUUUCUGUGUCACUGCUGUGUCUUUGUGGCUUUUUUGAGGCACUAUCAUGUCAAAUUAUUUAUUUUUGUUCAUAAAGUAACUGUAACAGCAAA